CCGCUCGCUUCCUCCCACUGCUCGAGCUCAGCUCAAGGAACCACAGAAAAUGGCGUCACUUCUCCGCCCUCUCGUCCUCGUGCUCCUGAUCGCCUCCUGCGCAGCGCAGCAGUCACCGCCGGCGCAGCCCCCGCCAACGCCGAACGCGCCACCGGCCAACUCGCCGCCCCAGGCGCCUCCAGCCGGCAACCCGCCACCCGCGCCCACCGCCACUCCACCUCCGGCCCCGACCACUCCGCCCCCGGCCCCGACCACUCCUCCCCCGGCUCCCACAACGCCGCCCCCGGCGCCGACAACUCCACCUCCGGCCCCCACCACGCCGCCUCCGUCCCCACCGGCGUCGCCACCGCCCGCUCCCACCACUCCGCCACCGUCUCCCCCGGCAAGCCCGCCGCCCGCUCCCGCCACCCCGCCACCGUCUCCGCCCAUGGCGCCACCUCCCGCCACGCCCCCUCCACCCGCCACCCCGCCGCCACCGGCCGCGCCCACGCCGGCCCCGAGCGUGGCCCCGACUCCCCCGCCCGUGGCGACACCGGCUGCGUCCCCCAAGAGCCCCAAGACGCCGAGCCCCGCCGCCGCGACGUCCCCGGCGCCCUCGCUCUCGCCCGCGGGCACGCCGACGAACGAAGACUCGGGUGCAAGCGCGCGCGCGGUCGGCUUCGCCACGGUGGUGGCGUUGGCGGGCGCGGGCCUCGCCGUCUUGCUUUGAGUAGUAGACUCCGACUCUUCUUCCUGUCCUCACUAGUCACGCCGAUGUUGUCACCCCCUCCGCGUGCCUCGACGUUGCUGCUCGCUCCAUUUCAGUUUCAUCUUUUUUUUUUCCUUUGGUGUUGUUAUUUAAUUUUACCGGCCCUACGAUCGAUUCUUGAUGUACGACGACGACGAUGAUGAUGCAUUGGUUGCUUUGGAUCCGCGGGCGGCGGGGCGGGUGGUGGUUAGUGUUCUGCCCGCGGGUGUCGACUCGCCACGCCAUGUACUUUUACCGCACUACAUUUUGGUUCUAUAGAGAGAGGAUUUGUGUACAUUCUCGUGCAUUAUUUCUAUGGCCGUUGAAUAAAAUCUCUGUGCAGAUUCACUCGA